AAUUGCAAAACCGGCUCUGGUCUGCAGCAGUGCUCGCUGCUCGCAAGCUGUCGGCGAGCUUCGUUAUUUCUUCUGUCGGCUGCAGCAGCGAUCGCGGAACUGCGCUCGCGCGCCAGUAAUUACUGCCACCAGCAGGCUGCAGCACACUGAGCUCGCAGCGAUGCGCUGCCUCGUGGUACUCGCGACGGCGAACGCCCUGCAGCAGCGCUACUUCGCCUCGACGGCGCGCGGCUGCGAGCCGUACCUCGCCGACGAGCUUGAGAGUAUCGGCGCGUCUCACGUCGAAAUCGGGCGCAGCGGCGUGCACUUUGACGGAGACACGCGCGUGGGCUACGCGGCGCUCAUCCACGCGCGGACGGCCACGAAGGUGCUGGAAGUGCUGGCCUGGCGGAACGGCGUCGAGACGGCCGCGGACCUGUAUAACUUGGGAAGGGACGUCCCGUGGCCCGAGCUCAUGGACGUCGAGGGCACGCUGCGCGUCGACGCGACGCUGACGGGCGGCGUCGCGCAGGCGCUGGCCCACUCGCACUUCUCGUCGCUGACCCUGAAGAACGCCGUCGUCGAUUCCUUUAGGGGCGAGAACCAGCUGGGCCGGCGGCCGUCCGUCGCCAAGGAUGGGUGCGACGUGCCACUGCACUUGUUUUUGGACCGGGAUAGGUGUACCUUGUACCGAUCUUUAUCAUCAGAGUCGCUUCACAAGCGCGGCUAUAGGUCACGAACGUCUCACAGAGCGGCUUUACGACCGACCGUCGCGGCCGCGAUGCUCUACGGGGCCCGCUGGCCCCAGCGCAGCAUGCGAGGCGAAGCACUAUGUGAUCCGAUGUGCGGCUCGGGCACGUUUCUCAUCGAGGCGGCGCUCAUGGCGCGGCAGAUCGCGCCGGGCCUGCAACGGGCGGAGAGCGAGGGCUUCGCGUGCGAACGGUGGAAGGACUUCGACGGAGACGCGUGGGACGAGGUUAUAAGGGAAGCGCGAGAACGCGUCCGGGACACAUGCCCCUCGAAAAUCAUGGGUGCGGACGCGCACGCGGGCGCCGCCGGUCUAGCGAGGGACGGCAUCGCGAACGCCGGCGUCGAGGACGACGUGACGAUACAAGUCGCCGACUGCCUCGCGUGGACACCUGAGUCAAAACCGUCUCUGGUCAUUUCGAACCCGCCCUGGGAUGGAAGACUAGAGGGCGCCGACGCGGCCUGGACGGCUUUGAGGAGUUUCCUCAAGAGGGAGGCGGGCGGCGGCGUCGCCCAUUUGCUGACGGGGAACAUGCCGGUCACGCGGAACCUGAUGAUGCGCGCGUCCAAAAAGAAGAAGCUGAGCACGGGCGGCGUCGACUUGCGGUGCCUGACCUAUGAGAUUCGGGGCUCAGAAGUGGACGUGGCGCCGCAGAUUGCGAAGAAGGACGUGCCGCUCUGGCACGCGCCGCCGCGGUCGACCUACGAGGCGCUGACCGUCGUGGUCCUGAAGGAGAAGCUGCGCGAGCGGUCCCUGAAGGUGUCGGGGCGGAAGGCGGAGCUGGUCGAUCGGUUGUUGGAGGCGGACGCGCGGGUGCUCGAGGGGGCUUAACGUUAGUGUGAUACAACAGUUCUUACACACACA